AUGAACGACAAGCCCUCUGUCAACAUUGACGAGGCGCCGCCAUCCCAGCCACAUCGAAAGGAGCUCGAUGUCAUCCCGAUUCAGGAGGCUGCUGUUGAGGAUGCCUACCAUAUUAGGCUUGGUUGGAGAUCAUGGGUUGUGGUAUUUUGUACUUGCUUUGCCAUCAUGGCCCAGGUGUUUGUCGUGGUUGCAGCUGGAUCAGUGAUCGCAUUCAUCGUCCGUGACCUGGGUGACGGGGCUGUCGCCGGAUGGAUUAUCCAAGGUCCUUUGUUGAUGCAAAGCGUGCUUUCACCCAUUGUCGGGCGUCUUUCCGAUGUCCUUGACCGCAAGUACCUCGCCUCAGUUCCGCCUCUCAUCGCAUUUGCCGGAGCUGUCAUGUCAGCCAAGGCUACUUCUAUGAGCGUUCUCAUAGGAGGCGGUAUCCUGAUUGGAACGACGCUAUCUACAAUCUCCAUCGUUCAGGCCAUCCCUUCGGAAAUCCUCCCUCUCAAGUAUCGACCAAUUGCAAAUGGACUUGCUUUUAUCGGCGGCGCUGUUGGUAGCAUUAUUGGCUCUUUGGGAGCUGGGGCCGUCACAAAUGCCAACGCAUCUGGAUGGAGGUACAUCUUUUGGACGCAGGCUGCAUUUCACGGGGCUACCUCGUUGGCACUGUUCAUCUUUUACUGGCCACCCAAGCGAACCGAAUAUCCUCGGAUGACCAUCAAGGAGUGCCUGUGGGCCUGUGACCCUAUUGGGUCUGUCCUCUACAUCGGCAGUGUAUCGCUCAUGCUGCUCGCCCUGAAUUGGGCAGGGGGGACCUAUUCAUGGUCUGAUGCCCACGUAAUUGGGCCGCUCGUUGCUGGUCUAGCCUUAUUCGUCCUCUUUGGCUUAUACGAAUGGAAGGGAAGAUCAGACGGCCUUGUGGCCCACAUCUUCUUCCAGCAAAACGCAAACUUUGCCCUCUCUGUGUUCGCUUUCGGAGUGGAGGGCUGGGUCUUUUACUCGGCUGUCAACUCUAUCGUGCCACAGAUCAUCCUUCACUUGGGCUUCGAGACAGACCCAUGGCAAAUUUCGGUCAGGAUCCUCGGCUUCACGCUAGUCAAUCUCGGUCUUUCGAUUCCUAUCAUGCUCUAUGCCACUAGGUUUAAGGAUCUCAAGUCUCCUCUCAUCAUGUCCUUUACGUUCUUUAUCGCCGUAUCAAGUUGCUACGCCGCCAUCCGACCAUCAUGGAACACCGUCCAGCACGUUCUCAAUGUUCUUACAGGUAUUGGACAGUCGGGACCUUUAACGCUCCUGGUCGCUUGCGUUCAAUUCACCGCUCCACACGCAUACUUGUCUACAGCUACCGGACUUGCCUUUUCCGUUCGCGCGAUUGGCGGAGCAUUUGGAUCUGCUGUUCUCGAUGCCAUAAUCAACGGACGGCUAAGCUCACAUUAUGCCCCUGCCGUAGCCAAGGCGGCCGUGACUGCAGGGUUGCCGGAAAAGAGUGUGCCGGCCUUGUUGCAGGCUCUGGCCACAGGGGAAAUCGGGUCCAGUGACGUCGAGGGCGCCAACAGUGCGGUGUGGAAUGCAGCCAUAUCGGAGAGUAGAUGGCAAUAUGCACAUGCCUAUCGCUUGGCUUGGUCAAGCGUUAUCCCAUUCGCUGUCUUGGCUCUUGUUGCUGUUGCUUGCCUCAAGGGUGUCAAGGAGCUGAUGACUGAAAAGGUAGAGGCGACAGUAGAGCAUAUCGAGCAGCAUGGCAAGGCGGAUGCAGAUGAGAAGGGGGACAAUUAG